CGCUCCGAUUUUUGUCAAGACAAGAAAAGUAAAUAAGUAGACGUGUAGCUCCUUAUAGCUAUAAUUAUUUACAUUUUCGCGCUCGUCGUUAUUUGUACGCACUUGACAAAAGUGUGAUGUCGGCAUAUAGAGCACAUCAGCUGGUCAACAGCUGAUUGAUUUCAAAUAUUGCAAUAAUUUUGCAUUUGUUGUGUCAUCAUCGUCAACUCUAACCUUUAGUCUCAUAAAUAAAUACUAUAAUAUUAAAGUUAAUUAUAUUAUUUGGUUUUUAUUAUUAUUGUUUUAGAAUCAAUUCUUAUCUUUCACAGUCAGUUCUCAACUGUUUACAAUGCAUAACACUAACCAUUCUUCGGAUCCUCGUAGACCCGAUAAAGAACACAGAUAUAAAUUGCCCAUCAACAACAUGCAAGCUUCUCCUGGGGAAGACCUCACGCCAGAUUAUAUGAAUAUACUAGGAAUGAUUUUCAGUAUGUGCGGUUUAAUGAUGAGGUUAAAGUGGUGUGCCUGGGUUGCUCUUUAUUGCUCGUGUAUAAGUUUUGCCAACUCGAGAAUAAAUGAUGAUACAAAGCAGAUCCUUAGCAGUUUCAUGUAAGUGUCAAUAAAAUUCUUUCCGACUGUCAUGAAUAUUAAUUUAUGACUAGCAGGUAACUCGUGCUCUGCUAUGAUCUAAUUAAAAACUUGAAAACAUGACCUUCUGAAAUCUUGAAUAAUUUAAAAUAGACCUUCAACCAUCCUCGGUAAAUUAAAAAUCUUUAUGCGACAUUUCAAGUUAAUCAGCUCAGUAGUUCAGACGUGAUGAUGCGUCAUUCGUGAAUUUCCUUGGACUACUGGAGCAACUAAGAGGUCAUUGUAACAAGAAGCUUGUGAGUAGGCUUAUGCAGCUUCCAUUCUACUAAAUUUUGUCUUUUUUUUUAAUUUUACUGUUGAAUGCUUAUUUGCUUUUAAAAAGCAUGAGCAUUCAAUAGGCAUUACAAAUUUCAAUAAAUCAAUUAAUUUCAAGAAAUUGCAUGGUCAGUAACUGAAACAAAAAAUGUAGCUU